UUCUCAAUUCGAGUGACCAAAUUCCGCAGCAUUCACCCGUUCCACGAGAGAAUAUGGCCGAGUUUACUGUGGUCAUCGGCGCAGUAGCAGCUGUCACCCAGCUAUUCGAUUACGCCCGAAGAAUGCGGGGCUGUCUCUCAGGCCUGGUAGAUGGUUCUCAAACUCUCGACGACCUAGUGAGUCAGAUCCACGACAUGAAUGCUAUCCUAGCAUCUAUGAGGACAAAAACCAUCGAAACGAAAUCACGCGCGACGAUACAAAGAUGUUCCAACAAAUUGAUAAGGCUUUCGGAGCUCGUGACGAGAUUACAUACUGCAAAGAGAACGGGAUUUUGGGCGAGAAUGCGGUUGGCUGGAUCAUGGUUGGAGAAGGAACAGGAGGUUAUGAAGUUAAUGGAUGAUAUUUUUGAUCGAGAGUUUGCACUGUUAAAAAUGCACAUCGCUCUUCAUGGACCCUACGGCACCUGUGAAGAGUCGAAAGAAAUGAUGGCAGCACACGCACCCCCGACAACACUGCCUGUGAGGAACCCAAACUUUGUCGGACAGGUGGAUGUUAUCACCAAAAUAAUGGAGCGCGUAAAAAAUGCCAAAUCACACACACGCCUGGGGAUAUGUGGCCUGGGCGGGGUAGGGAAAUCACAACUUGCUAUCGAAGUCGCGCAUCGCCUUGUAACAGACAUCCCAAAUCUUCUCGUGUUAUUUUUACGAGCAGAUAGCGAAACAAAUUUUGAAUGCAACUAUGUCAGAUUCAGACAAAUGUCUUGUGUCACAAAUAACAGGAGGUUCCCUACAAGCCACUUCGCCAACGGUUCUGCCUUUGCGGAGCCAAUGAUUAGAUGGCUUCUGAUUGUUGACGGCAUAGAUACCUGGGAUACCCUUUUUGGCCCUAAAAAACUUGUUGAUUCCCUUCCUCGAGACUCAAGUGUAGCAAUCAUUUUCACGUCUCGUAACAGAAACACGGCAUUGGAACUGGUCCAAUUCGACUCGACGAGUUUAUUUCACCUGGACCCUUUCUCGGAGGAAAACGCUGUUGAGCUUUUGACUAAAGUUUCGAACGAUGUCGAGACCGAGGUUAACUGCCGCAAGUGGCUCGUAACGGACUUGAGCUGUUUGCCACUGGCUAUAAUGCAAGCUGCAAGAUUUAUCCGAAAGAAUCCGAUAGAUAUUCAGGAUUACCUCAAUCUUUGCCGUGAGAAUGAAACCAGCAAAACCAGGCUUCUUUCGAAGGAAACUGGAGGUGGAGCCACAGAGAGAGCAACUGGGCUUAUGGGAACGUGGGAAGCAACAUUCGAUCGGAUCAUAGAUGAGUGUGGCUACGCUGCACACAUCUUCUUUUUCAUUGCAUGCAUAGACCCUCAAGCAGUACCAUACUGGUUACUUCCCACAGAAGGUAGCGACUGGCUGGAUGUCAUAUCAGCGUUGGGGGUACUAGAAGCCUACUCUAUGCUUCGCACAAAUAACAUGAGAACCGUUGUCGACAUGAACUCCCUGGUGCACCUGGCCUUAAGACAGCGAAUGAAAGCCAACCACGAUUUUUUGGGGUAUGCACGACUGGCUUUCAAUGCUAUAUAUAAGUCUUUUCCGUCAACCUUCAAAAACAAAGCGUUACUGGUGCACGGGGGAGAGCUCAUACGCCACGCUCAGGCCGUGCUCGCCAGCAGCGAGAACCUCUGCUCCGCAAAGCUGGACUUGAGCUUGCGGAUCUGUCUCUAUCUGCAGACGGUUGGCCGAUUUCCCGACAGUUUAAGAUUCGCUGAAAGUUUAGUGGAGAGAAGCAGGAGCCUAUAUGGAAUAGGAGAUUGUAACACUCUAGAAGUUCUUAGCGAGCUUGCUCUGGCCUAUCAGUCCCAAGGAAGUUAUCAGGCAUGCCAAAGUAUCACCGAGGAUGUACUGGCACGUAGACAACGGACCUUACGCUACGAUCAUCCGGACAUAUUGUCCAGUUUGAACAACUUAGGACUCGUCCUUCAGAAACAGGGCAAGUCGGAGAAAGCCGAAUCAGUCCUCCGAAACGUGCUCCGAGUCAAAGAGCGCGUGCUCGGGACUCACCACGAUAGUACCAUCAAGAGCAUCAACAAUCUCGCGUUAACACUCCAAGACCAGGAGAAGUACACAGAAGCCCACUUUUAUCUACAAAAAGCCGCGGGAAUCAGGCAGUCAAUGUACGGGAAGUUUCACACUGCCACACUCUUGAGCCUGAACAAUCUUGCAGCGGUCCUUCAACUACAAAAUAGAUUUACCGAAGCGGGUGUAGUCUACUCCGAGGUAUACGAUGCUCGUAUUUCUCUCCUAGGGCCAAAACACCCCGCUACACUCCGAACCAAGGGAAACAUGGCUCUUAAUCUGUUACAACAGGAGGACUACGUUCAAGCCGAGCGACUCCUGGUGGAAACCUUGGAGAGCUUUGUGGAAACACUUGGCACGAAUCAUCUGGAAAGUCUCACUGCUCGGUCAAAUUUGGCAAAUUUAAUUCGUCGCAAAGGCUGCUUGAAGGAUGCAGAGUUGUUGUAUAGGGAUGUGUUGGAAGCAAGAACCCGGCUUCUCGGGGGAAGCCAUCCAGAGACGAAGUCUUGUGAGAGACUUGCCAAUGAGGUCAGGCUUGACAUAGAGCAGUCUAUGAAGGCAGCUCAACUAUAA